AUGGCGAAGACUGGUGUUUUCGAUUCGGAUCCGACGGCGAUUGCGAAGGCCAAGGAAUUGAAACGCGAGAUGCAGAAACUGCUUACGAACAUCGACGAAGAGGGUGAUUUGAGCGUUCAGACAAUCGAUCGGUUGCAGGAGGCUCUGUCUGCGAUGAAACAUGCGACGAUGAGGAAGAUGGCGAAUUCUUCAUCUUCUCUGGAGAUGCUCGAGACAGUGUCUUGUCCUGAGGAGUUUCGCUGUCCUCUCUCCAACGAGCUCAUGCGGGAUCCCGUCGUCUUGGCUUCUGGUCAGACAUACGAGAAGUUGUUCAUCCAGAAAUGGUUGAGCGCAGGGAACAGAACAUGUCCCAAGACUCAGCAAGUUCUGCCUCACGCAGGUUUAACUCCAAAUCUCUUAAUCCGUGACAUGAUCUCAAAAUGGUGCAAGAAGAUUGGGAUAGAGCCGACGAACAAUCAUCAUUCCAACCUUGUCAAUAAAGAAGCUGUCACAAGAUCAGAUCGUGAGGUUUUCAAUUCCUUGCUCUGUAAGGUCUCUUCUUCCAACCUUCAAGAUCAAAAAUCAGCUGCUAAAGAGAUAAGACUUCUGACCAAGAAAGGACCGGACUUUCGAGCUCUCUUCGGCGAGUCUUCAGAUGGAAUCACCCGCUUAGUGAACCCGUUGUUACACGGGUCAAACCCGGACGAGCACAUUCAAGAAGAUGUGGUCACAGCAUUGUUGAACAUAUCCAUACACGAUGACAGCAACAAGAAGCUCGUCUGCGAAAACCCUAACGUGAUUCCUCUCCUGAUCGAUGCAUUGAGGCGCGGAACAGUAGCCACGAGAAGCAAUGCAGCUGCUGCGAUCUUCACUCUCUCGGCGCUGGAUUCGAACAAAGUACUUAUAGGGAAAUCCGGAAUCUUGAAACCGCUUAUUGAUCUCCUUGAUGAAGGGAAUCCAUUGGCUAUUAAGGAUGUAGCUGCAGCGAUCUUUACUCUGUGUAUUGCUCAUGAGAACAGGAGUAGAGCCGUGAAGGACGGUGCUGUUAGGAUUUUAGGGAAGAAGAUCUCAAAUGGGAUGUAUGUGGAUGAGCUUUUGGCGAUAUUGGCAAUGCUUGUUACUCACUGGAAGGCUGUGGAAGAGUUGGGUGACCUCGGUGGGGUUACUUGGUUGCUGAAGAUUACUCGAGAGAGCGAGUGCAAACGAAACAAAGAGAACGCGAUUGUGAUACUGCACACUAUAUGUUUCAGCGACAGGACAAAGUGGAAGGAGAUCAAAGAAGAGGAGAGUAGUCAUGGAACGAUAUCAAAGCUUGCGCGGGAAGGAACUUCUAGGGCACAGAGGAAAGCGAAUGGGAUUUUGGAUAGGCUGAGAAAAGCUAUGAAUCUUACUCACACAGCCUGA